AUGGGUCCAGUAGGUGUCUUGGUGCUGGGUCUCUCUUGUCUUCUUCUCUUUUCAAUAUGGAGACAGAACUCUGGAAGAAAGAAGCUCCCUCCAGGCCCCACUCCUUUCCCAAUUAUUGGAAAUAUACUGCAGGUUGAUAUUAAAGACUUCACUAAAUCUUUAACCAAGUUCUCAAAAGUCUAUGGCCCUGUGUUCACUCUGUAUUUGGGCAUGCAGCCCACUGUAGUGUUGUAUGGAUAUGAAGCAGUGAAGGAAGCUCUGAUUGACCAUGGGGAGGAGUUCUCUGGAAGAGGCCAGUUCCCAUUGAUUGAUAAAUUUACUAAAGGCCUUGGGAUUGUUUUCAGCAAUGGACAUACAUGGAAAGAGAUGAGGCGCUUCUCACUCAUGACCUUGCGGAAUUUGGGGGUGGGGAAGAGGAGCAUUGAAGAGCGUGUUCAAGAGGAAGCCCGUUGCCUUGUGGAAGAAUUAAGGAAAACCAAUGGCUCACCCUGUGACCCCACCUUCAUCCUGGGCUGUGCUCCCUGCAAUGUCAUCUGCUCCAUUGUUUUCCAGAAUCGAUUUGAUUAUAAAGACCAGAACUUCCUGAACUUGAUGAAGAAAUUGAAUGAGAAUGUUGAGAUUAUGAGCUCACUAUGGAUACAGAUCUACAACCUUUUCCCUGAUCUCAUUGGUUAUGCACCAGGGAGUCAUAAAACACUACUAAAAAAUAUUGAGCAUAUAAAAAGUUAUAUUUUGGAGAGAGUAAAAGAACAUGAGGAAUCACUGGAUGUUAACAAUCCAAGAGACUUGAUUGAUUGCUUCCUGAUUAAAAUGAAACAGGACCAGGAAAAUCACAAGGAACCAUCAGAAUUUACUAAUGAAAGUUUGACAAUUGUUGCAUCUGAUUUAUUUACUGCUGGGACAGAAACAACAAGUACAACACUGAGAUACUCCCUGCUGCUCCUGCUGAAGCACCCCCAUGUCACAGCUAAAGUGAAGGAAGAGAUUGACAAUGUGAUUGGCAGGCACCGCAGCCCCUGCAUGCAGGACAGGAGCCAAAUGCCCUACACAGAUGCUGUGCUGCAUGAGAUCCAGAGAUAUAUUGAUCUCCUACCCCUAAGCCUGCUCCAUGCGGUAACCCGUGAUGUUAAGUUCAGAGAUUACAUCAUUCCCAAGGGCACAACUGUAUUAACAUCACUGACAUCCAUUCUGCAUGACCACAAGGAAUUCCCCAACCCAGAGAUGUUUGAUCCUGGCCACUUUUUGGAUAAAAAUGGUAACUUUAAGAAAAGUGAUUACUUCAUGCCUUUCUCAACAGGCAAAAGGAUUUGUGCUGGAGAAGGCCUAGCCCGCAUGGAGCUAUUUUUAUUCCUGACCACCAUUUUACAGAACUUCAACCUGAAAUCUCUUGUGGAUCCACAGGACCUCGAUAUCACUCCAGUUCUGAAUGGACUUGCCUCCUUGCCACCAGCAUACCAGCUGAGCUUCAUUCCAGUGUAAAGAAGAGCUCUGCUGUCUGGCUCCAGCUGUGCAGCAAUCUGCAGUUCCCUCCUCUGAGGCAUCACUCACCAACUUCCCCUGCCAGGAAUGCUUUCCUGUCCUCCCUUCUCACAUCUCCCCUCUCCCUCAAGAUCCAGGAAGAUCCAUUCUCCAUUUGGGAGGGUUUCCUGUGUCACUGCACUAUCACCUCUUUAGUUCACUAUGAUUUAUAAUAGUCUUAU